AUGGACGCCGCGCUCGGCGCGGCGAGAGACCCGUGCGCGGUCGCGGGCACGCUCGCGGCGCUGCACUGCGGCGCGCUCAAGGCGGGGAUCACGCGUUGGGGCGAGACGAUGACCGGGUGCGCGCACGCGCUCGACGUUCUCGCGUCGCCGAAGUGCGCCGCCGGCGUCGUCGUCGACGACGACACCGACGCUGACGAAGCCGAUCUGUUCCCGGGUUCCGCCGCGAACAACGCGCACGGUCGCGCGCACAACGGCGUCGACGCGCGCGCGUGCGUCGAAACGGUCGCCGCGAAAGCGUUACCCUGCUCGCGCGAAUGCGGCGACGCGUUCGUCUCCGUCGCGUCCGCGUGCGGCGGCGUCGUCCCUCGCGCGGGACGGUGGCGCCACGACGGUGGUCAUCUCGCCGCGGCGUGCUCCGCCGCGGUCGCUUCCGCGCACGCGUCGUGCGCGUCGCACCGCGAGUGCCAGGGCGUGUUCGAAGCGAUGCCGCGGAAGGACGCGACGUUCUUCGCGACGCGGCCGGCGAGAGUCGCCGCCGCUCGCCGCGCCGCGGCGGCGAGACGCGGCGAAUUCGACGCGUCCAAAGUCGACGUCACCCCGCCCGCGGAUAAGCUCGACUGGGCGGAGCAGCACGUGUGGGGCGUGCUUCCGGAGGAGACGUGCCACGACGACCGGCUCGAGCUGGACGCGCGCGGGAACAACCUUCAAGGGAAGCCGCCGUCGUGCGCGUGGGAAUCCGCCAAGGCGGGCGGCGCCGUGCUCUUGUCGCGAAACCGCCUGUCGGGCGAGAUGUCGCCGGUCGGAGACGUUCACACCGUCCACGCCGGGUUUAACACGCUGCGCGGCGAGCUCGGGGACGUGUUCGGGAAGGCGGUCGCGAACGGCCUCGCGAAGCUCGUCGUGAACGACAACAACUUCACGUCGAGGGACGGCCUCGCCCGCCUCGGCGGCUCGAAGAGGCUCGAAAUUCUCGACGUGAGCUCGAACGCGCUCGGCCCCGCCGGAUCCGCGACGCUCGCGAAAGACCUCGCGUCGUUCCCCGCGCUGACGCGCUACGACGUCGGCGGUAACGACUGGGACCACGCCGCGAUCGCGCGCUCGGUCGUGACCGACGCGAACGCGAAGAAGAGACCGGAAUACGUCGCGCUGCACGCGCAAGUCACGCUCCCCGCCGCGUCGGCGCCGUCGGACGCGUGCGGCCGGUGCGCCAACUUCAAAAACGACGUCCUCGCCGGCGACGCCAACCCGCACAUCGCGCGCGUGGCGCUGCGCCACUGCACGCACACGAACGGGUGCGAGCACGUCGCGGAAGACGCGUCCGGAUCCGGAUCCGGAUCCGCGCCGUCGCCGCCGGUUCUGGAGUCGGUGACGUGCGCUCUGCGAGCGGCUCUGGAGCCCGAGCUCGUGCGGCGGGCGGCGCGGCGGCUGCGCGACGCGCGCGACGACGCGACACUCGUGGACGCUAACGGACCAGAUAAGAGCGUUACGUUCGCGUCGGUGCUCCGAGAUAUGUCCGCGUGGGACGUGAAGCUGCUCGACGGCGUCGUCGACGGCGACGACGGCGCGCUCGUGCUCGGGUACACGCUGACGCCGUCCGCGAACGGCGGCGGCGACGACGACGUCGUCGCCGAAGCGCUCCACGCCGCGCUCGAGCGAUUGAAGCGCGCGCCGCCAUCGCCGCUGUCGUUCGCGUCGAAGCAUUGCUCCGGCGCGCACGAGCACCACGGCGGCGCGCGCGAGGACCUGAUCCGCGCCGCGGACGCCGCGAGCGCGCACUUGCACGCCGCUCACGUCGACGUUCGCGGCGGCUGCGCCGUCGGCAGGAUGGGCGAAAACUGCGACUACGUCUGCGCGACGGAGUGGUCGCGGACGGCGACGUCGCCGCGACGCGCGGGCCUCCUCGCCGGCGCCGCGCUCGGACGCGCGGCGAAGACGACGAUGAAGACGCCCGCGGCGGUGCGCUCGCGCUCGCCCUCGCCGAACGCGAUCGCGCGGCGCAUGCGCGCGCUCGCGACGAAGAUCAACGCGGACGCGUCCGCCGACGACGUCUACGACGACGGCGCGUCGUGCUCGCGACUCGACGCCAGUCGCGGCGCGUGCGUCCGCGGCGGCGGCCUCGACGUCAUCGCGUCGCACGAGUUCAUCGGCGACGCGACCACCACGCCGCGGCCGCGUCUGGCGUACGCCCUGGAGACGUGUGCGAGCGACUGUCGCGGGCGCGCGAACCUCGCGGUGGCGUCGUGCACGCACUGGCUCGUGGACAAGGCGCGCGCGUCGCUCAGAGACGACUGCCGCGUCGCCGUCGCCGACAUGCAGCGCGCGUGCGGCGGCGCGUCGUCGUCGUCGUCGUCGGCGGCGGCGUCGUCGUACGCCCCGGAGGCGUGCGCGGGGAAGGCGCCGAACGCGUUCGCGCGGCUCGGCGAACCCCUCGCGCCGCACGCCUCGGGCUGCGAGACGUGCGGCAUCGUGCACUACUUGGAGGCGCACGGGCUGUCUCGCGACGACCACGACGCCGUCGACGGAUCCCACGCGGGGGGCGUGUUUCGCGCGACGACGCGACGAGACACGUGGGAGACGGACGUCGGCCGCCGCGCGCGCGCGGCGAUGAAUCGUGCGGAGGCGGACGCGCGCGCGGCGUGGGGCACGCUCACGCCGCGCGAGGACGCGGCGACGACGAUUGACGCCGCGUCGCUCGGCGCCGCCAACGCCGUCGUCGUCGACGUCGACGCGGCGGCGGGUUCGCGCGCGCCUCCCUCCUCGCGCCGUUCGCCGAUGUUCCCGACGUGCUCCGCGCAUCUCGAGUGCUCCGCGCGGUGUCACGCGCACGUGCACAGCGCGGUGAUGCGCCACUGCUCGGCGUGGAUCGACGGCGAGGGAGGCGACGACGCGCGCGGCGCGUGCGAGGACGCGAUCGACGCCGCGCCCGCGGCGUGCGAGGCGCGCGAGCGCGCGACGUGCGUCGACUCCGUCGCCGUCGGCUUCCGAGCGUUGCUCGACGCGAAGCCGAAGCCGCGCGACGCGAAGAAGACAGACGCGGACGCGGAACAGAAAAUGACCACGAAAACGACUAAGAAGAAGACGACGCCGCCGCUCGCGGAGCUCGGCGGGCUCGCGGCGGCGCCGGGGAGGGAGAAGGCCGCGCGGGCGGCGGCGGCGGCGGCGG